UUUUAAUAAUUCUUCAGUUUAUUAUUGUCUGCACAUGUACUGAAGCAAAUCAGAAUUUUGUUGAUGAAAUUCGCCAAUCAUAUGUUGAACAAUGGUUACUUAAUGCUAAAUAUGUAGAAUGACAACACAUUACUUUUUUCAAAUUAUUGGGUUGUUUAAUGCCAAGCAGGUCAGAUGUCCUCUCUCCUUUGACAACGCCAGCCAUACAGAAACGGUCUGGUAUUAGUAAUACAGUUGGUAGUUUUGUGUCUCCAUCAACAAGCAGACAUAAAGGAAUGGAUAGUCCUGUGACUAUGUAUAUGGAAGAAUAUGAUGCUGGUACUGAGAAGCGUGAUAGACGUCGCUCCAGAGCAUUAGAAUUGAAACAAACUGUUGGGAGUCCUGCUUCACCUGCAGAAAGGCCAAGUUCUGUCUCAUCAAGCCAUGGAUUAACAGCUAAUCAACUUUCAGAACAUUAUACCAACUGUAUAAAGCUGUCAGCAGAAAAUAAAAUAAAUUCCAAGAAUGCCUUUGGACUUCAUUUAAUAGAUUAUAUGUCAGAUCUGGUCAAGAAAAAAGAAUUAGAAAACUUUCAGGUUGCCAGUACCACAUUAGAUGCUAGUGCUAAAAUCUACGCAGGGAGAGUAGAUGCUAUACAUGCUGAGACUUAUAAAGUAUUGUCUGGGUUAGGAUCCAGUAAAGACAAAUCUAAACAGGAUGAUGGAGAGGAAGGAGCAGAUGAUGAAAUGGCAGAUAAUGAAGAUACACCAGAAAAUGAACAGAUUAAGAAAAAGAAAAAAAAAAAACAUACAACAGUAGAAACAAAUCUAAAGAACAUUACAGCUGCUAAAGUAGACUUGGCAUUUGAAGUUGAUCCAAUGUUUCAACUGAUGUCAGAGGCUUUUGAUGAGGGAGGAACCAUGGGAUUGCUACAUAAUACAUUACGGUGCUUCAAUGAUGACCAGGAACUGGUCCUAGAUUCAAGUACUGUAGUAAAUGCUGAGGAUGAAAUUCAACCAUCACAAAAUAAACCUAUAGAUUUAAGUGAUAUAAAAGAAAUGUUUAGAGGUAUAAAUUUAGAGUCAAAAGAAGUUUGUCCAUCUUUUUCAAGUUUUACUUUCAUGGAUUGGGAUGAAAAUGCAGAGGACACCACAGUUCACUCACAAGACAAUGGAGACCAUGCGUUUGACAUGAAUGCUGAACAUGAACCCAUCCCUGAGGCUGACAAUGAUAAUGAUGAUAUGCCUGAUAUGGGUGGAGAUUUUCCUGAUAAUGAUUAUGCAGAAUCCGAUACCAGUGUACAUGAUGAGAAUCAAAAUAAUGGAAUUACAAUAGGUGAUGGUAAAGCUGCUGAAAUCACAGAAACCAUUGAAAGUAUCAAACAUGGAACAACUGGAACCCUGCUAUCAGUUUUAGCUUCAGCACCAUCUGAUUACUCCUAUUUCAAUAAUACUCUAAUGAGAGCUUGGGCAGGACCCUCACAUUGGAAAAUAAAACCAUUAUCAAAAGACAAAAGAUUAGUCAACCAAACAGAACAAGGAAAGAAGAAAUUAAAGAAAGAACCAUUUAAAAUGGACUAUGAACAACAAAUAGACUUUGAUAGUUACUUCAAAUCAUCUAGAGCAACAAUGUUAACAAAAGCAACAAUGAUAAAACAUAGCAAAAAGAAGAACACACUCCCUAAAGAUUUACAUUAUGAUGCUGAUAAGUUGUUUAGAUUAUUUCAGAAAACCAAGGUUAUGAUAAAGCGACAGAACAAUACAAAUGACAACGUUGAUGUUGAUGGCGAAAUAGACAACUACAAUUUUGAUAAUUCAAAUGAUAUGGAAAAUUAUUGUCCAAGAGGUGACGAGCCAUGUGAUGACGAUGAUGACGAGAAUGGUGAGUUUGGAUUCAACUUCACAGCAGAUGGGUGCUCUCAAGAAACCAAUGAUUCCCAGCAAGGAGUGGUGGUUAAUGACACUAUUUUAGAUGGAACAAUGUUAACUGGUGAUAAGUUACUGGAUGUUCCAAGAAAAGUUGCAAAGAUUGAUAUUGGGUACGCAAAAACAGCAAAGAAGUUAGAUGUCAAAAGACUGAAGAAAACAAUAUGGAACAUUUUAACAGAAGCCGAAGAAGAAAAGGACAAACCAGGAACAAGUGCAAUGGUAACAGAUCAGCUAAAUAAAACCAUGGAUAAGACAAUAUCAUUUACCAGCCUGUUAGCAGAACUACCAAAAAGAGUGUCAGGCCAGACAGCUGAAAAUCUUAGUGUUCCUAUAGCAUUUGUCUGUUUAUUACAUUUAGCGAAUGAAAAGAAUUUGAAAAUAGAAGAUAGUGAUAUGAAAGACUUGAUAAUUUCUCAGGACGUGUGAAAGUGUUUAUAAAAACAUAUUAUACAGUAACAAUUAAUUGUGUACACACAAUAAUAUACCACUAUGGAUUCAUCAAUUGUAAAGACAGGCAGCUGACAUGGAAAUUAAAGAUGCAAUUGAUAGAGAAAUGUCACUAGACUUACCAGAAAUUUAUCAGAGAUAGAAAAAAGAAGAAUAUAAAAUAUUAUGUGAUUAGGGGGAGAUAACUCAGGUUCUUCUGAACAAUGCUAAUCUAAUGUAGAAAUAUACCUUCUCUAUUUUACUGUUUAUGAAAAAUAUUGUGUAAUGAUGUUUACAAUAAGUAAAUACAUGUACACCAGAUGCUGAUUGUAUAGGAUUAAGGAAAUAGUUUGUCAUUAUUUUACUCUCAGGUGUCGAAUCAACAAACCACUAUUUAAUGUUCAGAUAUUUUAUGAAUAAUGUUAUUACUUUUUAAAUGUAGUAUGUUUUGUUUUAUUUUAAAUAAUUGAAUCAUUUUAAAUGUAUGUCCAUUGUAUAUAAUAGAAUUUUCUUCUUCAUAAAUUCUUUCUGUUCUAAAUAGUGGUACAUUUCAUUUCAAGGUUGGCUUGUAUUAGUCAUGGAUUUAAAUGAUACAUAUUGAAAUAGUUAUGGUGAUGCAUCAGCACAGCUAGUAAAAAGAUAAAUAUAAUCAUAAGCUAAUUAAUUCAAGUAGUUGAAUGAAAAUAUGCAUGGGCUAUUGAUCACCCAAUUGAUAAGAAGGGAUCUUUAAAUCUUUAAUGUGAAAUAUCCCUCCCACUCCCCAUCUCCACCGAAAAAACCAUUAAAAAUACUCAUCUUUAAAAACAUUUCACAAUUAUUUUUUUAAUGAGGGAACAUUUCUAUUUUUACAACUGAGAAGUGGGGAGUAGUUAAUAAGGGAUGUAGCAAUUCCCAUCUGACAUGAUUUCAGAUACAAAACAUAUACAUUCAUAUUUUCACGUUUAAAAAAAAAUAAUUUUCAUUUGUUCAUACAUGUAGCAUAGUAUUUCAUGGUACUUUUCACUCAAGUUAAUAACUGGUCCUUUCUUCUCUGAAAGAGUUAAAAUUACUUUGAUAGUUGAAAAUAUAUUACUUCAGUUCUCAGGUAGAUUGUUAUAAAUUGUUCAAUUUUUCAAUCUAUUCACAGUUCUUUGUGAUAUCGAAAUGCACAACAUAUAUUUUCUUGUUUGUUAUCAUCCUGUGCUAACUCAUUUAUCAGAUUCAUUUGUACAACCAUGUUUUCUUUUAUCUUUUCUUUAUCUCUCCAUCAUUCACUGGUCUUCCUCUCAUUAGCAUAUAUUUUACUGUUCAUUUUUAUGUAUUUUAACUUUAUAUUGCUUGUAAAUAUCUGUAUAGAUCUAAUUGUGGAUGUGAAUGGAGGUAAAAUGAAUUCCUGUUAUCAUAAAUUGAUUCCAUAAUUUUAAGAUAGCUACCAUAGCAUGUCUUCCAAAAUGGUCUUAUUAUUUGGACAGGACUGAUAUUUCAAGUCCGUUUGUGCUGAGCCUGAAACAGACAUAUGACAUAGAUUUGACAAUUUAAGACAAUUCUGUAAAAAAAAUUAACAUAUUCAUUUGACCUGACAAUUUGCCAGCCACCUCGUUUCCAGUCUUAAAAGUGAAAUAAUGAAUGAGUAAAUUCUAAAAUUUCACUGGUUUGCAUCUAAUAAAUUUUGUUGAAAAAAGUAGUUAAAAAGGUUUGGAGUGAAAAAUCAAUAGAACCACAUUGUUCAAACUAGUACACAUGUGCCCAGGUGUGAUAUUUAAUUAUGCACCAGUAUUUAAAAAAAAUAUUGAUAUCUUUAUCUUACAUUCAUUGUUUGUAUUUUCUUUGGGAAAACGUUGAAGGAAUUAUUCAAAGUCAAUUGUGCUUUGUAAACAUACACAGAUUUUACGUAUUGUUAAAAAUACAGACUCAAAUUGCUUUUGAAAUCUUGAUAGAAAAAUAAACCAUAACAAUAUCAACACAGGCAUUAAUUUAUUUGAAAGAUUUUUGUUAAAAAAAAGUAUACAUAUAUAAUUUUUUUUGGGAAAAUGUUCUUUUUUCAUCAUUUUCAAACACACUUGUAUCCAACUUUUAACUGACUUCCAGAGUUUGGACAAAAUACUGAGAAAAAGCUGCAGUUUUUACUGUCAUAUUUAGUAAUUGGACUUUGAACUCAAACAAUCUUUGUUUGAAUCCAGCUAAAGUCCUUUACCUUUUACCUUCACCUCAUCUUACUUUUUUUCAUCAAUCUAAUCCUGCUUUGAAAGAAAGAUUGUCACAUUGAAUGUAUUUAGUGAUAUCAUUAUGUGUAGUUCAAAGGAAGUUAUGUUUAUUUUUGUUUGUACUUCCUAAGUAUGUAUAGCAAAUUUUGUGUUUUGUUUUAUGAUUCAGAAAUUGUCAUAUGACUUCACAGUACAUGAAAAAAAAUAUUGCAUUUAGUAGGUUCAUUUGUAAAUAAAUGCAUUAACUUAAAACAUAGCUUCAUUUGUUUUGCUUACUAUAUAUAUAUUUAUAUAUAAAGAUCUACGAGACAAUUUUAUGCAUUCAUUUAAAUUACUUCAUAAUAAGAUAUUCUUAACUGUAAAUUUUAACCAAUCAGAAUACAUCAUGCUCAUUACAAAAUUAUGCAAUACAUUUGUUGUGGUUGUAAAUACAUCGUAAUAUAUAAAUGUAGGAGCAGAAAUUAAAAAAAAUCUUAAAAUAAAGUGACUAAAAAAGGUGAA